AUGAGACAAAUCAAAACCAGCCUGUGGGCUGUAACCAUAGGAUCGAUAUUACUGACUUUUAUAAUUUAUCAUCUGUAUCGUUCUCCGCUAUUACCACAAUUCGAAGAUCAGCCAAUUACGCCUGCUGUAGAAAAGAAUCAUCCGCUAGUGGCCAGUGGUGACGAUGACGACUACAGACAAAUGAAACACGUUUUCCUGGAUGAGAUAUACAAAAACUCCGUGGAAAACGAUUCUGAUUAUUCCAUUGAAGAAGAAGAACAUGCACAAGGUCGAAAUAUGUUAGCAACACCCGGUUGUAAAAUUCCACUAAUGGUAGUGCCAUACAAGAAACGGGUACGAAAAUCUAAGAUUGAGCCUUGUGGACAACGAAUUGUUUUCCUGACCAGAAGCGGGCCAAAUCAUGUGCGCGUAUUGAUUAAAGAUGAAUUAUUGAAGAGGAAUGCAAGCUAUAAAAAUCAUUAUUGUUGUAUACGGUUCUAUAUGAAACCAGAAUAUGAAUACGAAGAUGGCAGCGAGUUUUCGAGUUGUAAUAAAUGUGAAAACGGGGACACAUUUGCACUGCAGAGCGACUUCAUAAACGUUCAAUGUUUUGGCUAUGACUCACACAACGAAUCUCGCGUUAUCUACGACGAUGUGUAUGCUUUUUGCAAGAAGAAGAAACCCCUGAAGAGGAAGAGGAAGUGCGAUGAGAGAUAUAAUAUUCUAUUGCUGGGCAUGGAUUCAAUGUCCUUACCGCGUUUUGCGCAAACCAUGACUGACACUAUGAGUUUCAUGAACAAUAACUUCUGGUUAAAUUACAGAGGUUAUCAUAAGGUCGACGACAACACUUUCCCGAAUUUAAUAGCAAUGUUAACCGGCCUAAGAUUUCAAGUAUUUUCAGACAAAUGUAUUGGCCAGAUGGAUUCUUGCAAUGAGUUAUUAAUUUGGACUGCAUUUAAACAUGCUGGUUACAUAACAGCUUAUGGUGAAGAUUACGUAUCACUUCCAGAUACUUUUAGCAGAAACUUCACCUUCACCACAAAACCGACCGACCACUACAUGAAACCCUUCUUCAAAUUAGCCGAAAGAUCUAAGAAUUGUGAAGGCACCCCCUACUUAUGCUCUGGAAAAGCAACGUCAGGACAGCAACUGCUAGAUUACGCUUACGACUUCGCAAUGAACUAUAGGGACGAUCCAUUUUUCGGUCUAUUUUGGAUGAACUCCUUCAGCCACAACCCCGCCCAUCGCCCAGAAGAUGCGGACAAAAUGUAUGAAGACUUUUUGAACCGUCUCUUUUAUACGGGCGUCCUCAAGAAUACUUUUGUCAUAUUCUUUAGUGACCACGGCGUACGAUUUGGUAAGGAUCGAUUAAACGUGGAAGGUUACUACGAUGAUCGUAUGCCCAUAUUAUUCGUCCUACCACCCACAUCGUUCAAAUACAAGAACCCGAGGAAAUACCAAGCAUUGGUCAUUAAUCAGUUUCGCCUCGUGACUCCGUACGAUAUGUCCAAAACAAUAGGAGAGGUGCUUCGCAUCAGUCAAGGCAAAGAGGAAUCAAUAGAAUAUGUAAGAUUCAACAAUCAUCAGAGCACAUUUGAUAUUAUUCCCGGGAACCGUACCUGCCAAGAUGUGUUUAUAAGCGAGAAGUGGUGCAGUUGUCACAAAUUAUACCCGCUGUCCGAAAACGAUGUGGAGGGGAUCAAAGCUAUUGAGUUUAUAUCUCGGUACAUCCAAAAUAAGACUACGUCCGUGAUUACGAAGCCAUGUACAUCGUGCAUAAAUAUAAACCUGGACACGAUUCUACGCAUACAUUUCUAUAGCGAUGAGGAUAAGAUUAACCUUUACUAUGUCAUGGCGAUUAAAAUGGCACCAGGAGAUAUGGUCUACGAAGCGACGGUGAUGCGUCGAGGCUUUGAAAUGGAGGUGGUGGGUACCGUGAACAUCAUAUCGGGAUAUAAGGGCCUGGGUUCUUGCACUAUAAGCAAUAGUUAUAAGGAUCGCAUUUUCUGCGUAUGUCAAAAUGAAUGUUAA